GAAGUGGUCGCCGUCGGUCACGAAUGACGCCUGCAGUCGUCGUCGCGGUCGCAGCGGCGCUCUUCAGCGCAUGCGCCGCAGCCUCCGCGGCUCCGGUGCCGGCUGAAGCCCCCAGGCGAGAUUCUGACUUCAAUGGAUCUAGUGGAAAACUUGUAGUCCUUCUACCUGUCGACAUAGUAAGAACACAAUUAAGACUCCGACCUGAGGCUAACGAUAACAAAAUUUUCUACAACUCUCUCGGUGACUUUAUCGAGAGUUCGUCCCUUUUCCCCAUAGAGAUUAACGUGCCAGACGUCAUCCGUUGGUUCUACGGCUUCAUGUCCAGCUGGUUCCCCAGCCUGGCCAACAGAUGGCAGCAAGAGUCAACGCCAAGGAUACGCCUGUAUCUGCUUGCUCCACCACCGGCUUCGGACCAAACCUAUCCAAAAAAGACGGCGACCACAAACAUUUACAAGAAACUGUUUAUUUCCCCACAAAAUAAAGUCCUUAUUCUAAAGUCGUCCAGUGGUGGAAGUAUGCAGCUGAUUCCAUUCACAAUUUAUCGCGAAGAGAUCGUUCAAAGAGUCGUAAUGUUAGCUGAAAUAGACAUGCACUCAGGAUCUGAGAACAGACAGCCAUUGCAACCGUAAUUCGGUGAGGGCUUCCAUAUUGCUAUAUGUACUGUACUCAUUGCUUCUGGUAUCGUAAGCAUUGUAAAUUAUGUCUGUGUUUCAUAAACACCAGUUAACCUAUCAAUUCACAUAUGGGUCCAUUGUUCUCUGUAUUGUAAAUUUUUGCUGCCGAUCAUAACUUGUAUAAUCUCUCUCAUUUUCUUCGACUGCUUGCAAAUUUAAUUAAAGCAAAUGAAAACCUAUAGAGAACUUGGUUCUCAUCAAAUAUAACCAUUGUUAUGUCUGAUAUGUUUCUGAUAUGGUAUAUAUGUUUUGUCGAAGAACAACCUAUGAAAAACGAACUGGUUGUGUAUAAUGUGCUGUCCUUGAAACAUCAGCCGCAAGCAUGUUAUAAGGAAAUGAAUAGUUAUCAAACGAUCUAGCGUUGGCAUUAUUGUACCACCUGAACGAUAUGUACGUAGCUGCAGUCGAAUUUAGUACCUGUAAUGUACUGUAUUUUCAUCGUAGCAGAAAUAUUCAUAUAUUCUGCACAAAUAUUUAAAUGGAAGAGACUUUAUUAAUCAAAAUCUUUGAAAAUGAACAUACUCACCAAACGUAUUCAUUACUGUAGUUACUUUUGCCACUCCUUUUCCUCACCCCUCGCUCUGCCCAUAGUACAAGUUGCUAAUAUGCAGCAUGUGCAGAAGCACUCAAAAUGGUAGUGGUCAGUUAUCAUAGUGGUGGAAGAAAUUUUCAUUCCGAUUAUGUGGUUGGGUUGGCAGGAUGAAGGGAGAUUAUGACAUAAAGUUGGUGUUCAACUGACUAAGCGCCAGUGUCCUUCGUUAAAUUCCAAACCUUAACAUAGCGUCUGUUGGAGAGAUAUCACGCAACACUGUUGAUGGUGAUCCGUGCAUAGUACGGGGUCUGCGCCAUAUGCUUCCUUCUCAUGCUCAAAAACUACUAUCUAAGAAUUAAUGUCAUGUGUUAAACCUCAAGUCUCAUCCCAAUUACUGACAGAGUAAGGGUAGGUGACUCUGUCGAUGGUGAUCUGAUUGUAGAGUGGGGACGUUUAGGUCAGAAGCGUCGUGUUCACCAUCAUUUUUCCCUUACUCUUCAUCAUCAUCAAUACCACAUUAAGCGUCUAAUUUUUGGGUAACAUAAAUUUCAAACCAACGUCUUUUGGUGGAAGGGUAUGUGACAUUGAUGAUGAUGGUCUGCAAUGGAUUGGAGAUGAUCGUUCAGUAGCCGCCUUGUCACCCCAACUGCUCUUAACUGGAUUAACCACGAAGCUUUUCCCCUUUCUCCCAAUAUCUCCUUACUUAGGGUAUGUUACAUAGUUGAUAGAGACCUUUCUCACCCUUCUUUCUCUCCUCAUAACCCUCUCUGCACCGUGUGCCAAAAGUUCUGGGUUAAACUAUAAAACUCACCCCAGUGUCAAAACAUGAAAAUGAUACUGAACUGCUAUAUGCAUGACUCACGCUUUGCACCAGAAGUGUGGCAGUAGGUCAGUAAAGAGAAAACAUUUCGCUUUAGAUGGUUGAAUAAUUCGGCAAAAUUCUAACAAACGUUGCCACACAACAUUUACAUUCUUAUUAGUUACAUAUCAACGCUUUCGUUUUCUUCUUUCCUUUAUAUCAGACUAAGAAAAUCAGUAAACACUGAAUCACCACAUCAGAGCAAAUGUAUCCUAAAUUACUCUGUUACCUUUAAAAUGAAACCAUCAGUCAGAGAAAUACAUUCUGAACGGCAUCAAUUCAUAUUACUUUUAAUUAUAGUUCCAUUUCCAUUAAAAUAUGACUAUUAUAAUCCCUUUACAGCGUAAGAAGUUUUCUAUGAGGUUUUCUUUAAUUCAUAACGGUAUGUAAAUCAUAUUUAUAUCACGUGUAAUCAGUAUGAAGGAUUAUUCCACAAAUUUUCAAGACCAGUUUUAGAAACACAACGAGAAAGGUAAAAAUAUUUAUGAGCAUUUGAUGUUAUUUUCUUUUGCUUUUAGUGUAAUAUUUCAGAACCAUUUCAGACGGAUGUUCCAGCAGUAUAAAAGCUAAUAUUAAGACACGCUGAUAGUUCAAGGACAGUGCAAAUACAGUCCACAUAAGAACCAAAAUAAAACCCAAAGGGCUAUAUCAAUAAGAGUGUAUCAUGUACAUUUUAUUUAUGGUAAUUUGAAAUA